AUGAAGGGAAGUUCAUAUCUGAUCAACUUGAUUGAAUAUUUCAUAGAAGUGACUAGGUGUAUAGAUGAGGACAAAGCUUUUAAUGCAAUCUACUCAGACUUCAGCAAGGCUCUUGAUAAGGUCCUGUACGGGAGACUGAUAGCAAAGAGCUCAGUUGUGGAGGCAGCAGCAAUGAUGGAGCAUGGCAGCGGCUGUCAGCAAGCCCAGAUGGCAGUCAGCACCAAAGUGGUAAUCGGAGGCAAAGUGGCUGGUGCGCAAAGCAGUAGUCAUGCGACUAGAAAUCACCAGUUGUCACCGUCUCCUCCAAUCUGCAUAUUGACCACGCCCAGCACUUUUGUCACCGGCGGACUACAGAUCCCAGAAAGCUUUGCGGCCGUUGACAUCACUGUUCGGAGUUUGUCAUUGCUGAAACGGUCGGAGUCGGCUCUAAGAUAUGAUGUAAAGAAAAUGAUGUCUGGUGUAGAAAUUAGUACUGGGCCUUCAGAACUUGAAGGGGAAAUGAGUGGUCCCUGUUCAAAAAGACAAAAAACGGAGAGUGUUGCUGAAGAAGGUGAAUGUGAUUCCACUGAAUUUCCCGAGAAAGAAAAAACAAAUGGUGCUGAGCCGCAAAAAGAAACUGAAUUCUGUGCCCCACAUGCCGAUUCAAGCUCUCUGAGAGAAAACAUUGCGAGUGAGUCUUCAGUUUUGAAACUCGAAGAGGACAAUGGGCACCAUAAUAAAAAUGGUAUUGCUGUGCCUGAAAGCAAUGCUGACCUUGAAAAUGAAUUAAGCCUGUUUUAUAAAGAAUUGGAGAAAAUUGAAAAUGAGACUGAUUUGCUUCUUAAUGAAUGUGUAGAUGAUUUACGAAGUUCAGAAAAAAGUCAAGAAAACACGACAGUGGAUAAACGUGAAGGAAAUAAAACUGGGAAGAUAUGCAAAAAGACUACAAAUGGGAAACAUAAGGCUCAAGAUGAAUGUGACCCAUGUACUGGUAGAUCACAAAUUCCAACUUCUGAACACUUAGGUGAUGCACGUUGGCAUAAUAUCUUGUCUCCUGCAAGGCCUCAGUGGAAUCAGCCACAGCCCUUUAUUGGUCCACAAAGACCACGUCUGCUGAGUUUCAGUAUCCCAUUUGCUUAUCAAAGAUACAGUGGCCCAACACAGGAGCCAGUGCCUUUUCCUAAUAACAAACCACAUUUAACUAACAAGUUUGGCAGUAACUGCAACAGUACUGCACCAUUCCAAGCUAGAGAUGAGUGUUGUAGUAUUUGGCCAUUCCCCAGUACUAACAAUGCAGUGCAACCUGGGCAUAAUUAUUUUCAUGAUUAUUAUCCACGUGAAAAUAUGGAGCGUCAAUCCGAUCUACUGGAGCUAAGUAUAAAUAACUUGUGUCAGUGGCAUCAGAAAACAGAACAGUGGCAUUUAAAACCAGGAAUUGGAGAUAAAGUUCUCAUAUUUAUGCGUGGUCCACCAGGCUGUGGAAAAUCCACUCUUUCACGGUAACUGAACAGUUUGGGGAUGUAAUCAAGAUACAGAGAAGCUUUCAGGUCUCCACCAGAUUCGGAGCUCUUUCUGUUUUCUACAGUAAAAAGCAGUUUAAGCUGGAAGAAAACCAGUUUAUCUUUGCUUCAUCAUCAGUUGCUGUGACUUUUAUCAGUGAAUCAGCC